GCAUCCACCGUGUCAUUUUGGCGCUUUUAGCUUGCUGCCUCUGAGGCGUGGCCGGCAUUAGUACGUCUUUCACCCUUAAUCUUGAGUAGUCACUCUCUGCAGUCUGCAAUCGAAGUCAAAAUGCUCUCAUAAGCUUUUAAAAAGCCUUGUUCCGAGUCGUCCGUUUUCCGAGUUGAAGGCUUCCGAGUUACGACCAUCUUUAUCAAACAAGCUGUCCCGCCUUUAUGAUGUCUUAACAUUCAAACCGGUCAUUCGUCGUAACCAUCUUUUCACGACGAUGUGGUCACAGUAACGUUCCCAAUACCCGCGUUGCUCCACAAGUUCUUGCUGGAUUCUUGAUGGAUGCCAAGUAUCGAGCUUCCAAAGGCGGUGAAGUGAGCAUGACGGAGAAGAAAACAACCAACGAAGGAGAAGUGGUGGUGACUAUUCCGGGCCAGCAGAAUCCGAAUCUGAGUGGAGAGAGUCCAAGCUCCAAAGUGACUGAAUCUAACAAUACGUCCACGGAGUACGCCGCUAACGGGCAUGCCUCCUUAAAGUCCCCAGCUUUAAAUCAUGCUUCCCCCCAGAUAAGGCCCAGUUCCAGCCCAGACAAGUCCCCAGAAGUUUCUGCUACGACCCGAAACCUUGUUCGCAGAAAGUCUCUACAAAGGUCAGUGUAUUCCAAGCCUAAAUCUAGAUUUGUGGAACAACCUUAUCCUGCUGACGCGGCAGUUUUAGAAGAGAAUGUUCACUCCACACUGCAAGAACAGCUUGCCUUUAGUUCGCCCUAUAGGCAGUCGGUCAAUGAAGCAUCACCCAAUAACAAAUCCACUGCUGUUAAUAGGACAGUGUCCAUUAGUUCCGUCACUCCUAAAACUCCAUUGAUGGCGUCUCCGGGGCCAGCUGGGGAAGAUGAGGAUGAAAUCGUUUACGAGGAAGCUGAACUGAGUAAAGGGAAGCGUAAGAAGGUGAAGGUUAAGGCUUUGAUUGAGUGUAUUAUGCUUGCGUGCAUUACGGGAUUCUUGGUGGCUAGCCUGAGUGUUGAAAAAUUGAAAAACGUAACGAUUUGGGGGUUGGGGUUUUGGAAGUGGUGUGUACUUCUGAUGGUUACCUUUUGUGGCUUGUUGAUUACCAGAUGGUUCAUGCACAUUAUAGUUUUCCUGAUUGAAAUGAACUUUUUACUGAGGAAAAAGGUUCUUUAUUUUGUUCAUGGACUAAAGAAAAGUGUCCAAGUCUUCAUUUGGCUGGGUUUGGUUCUUCUCGCUUGGGUUCUGUUAAUCAAUCGCGGGGUCCAGCGAUCAGAACUUGGCACAAAAAUUUUGAAUGGUGUAACAUGGACUCUUGUUUCUCUUCUAAUUGGGUCGUUCUUAUGGAUGUUGAAGACGUUACUGCUGAAGAUAUUAGCCUCAAAUUUCCAUGUCAAAUCUUUUUUUGAUAGAAUUCAAGAAUCAAUUUUCCAUCAGUAUGUUUUACAGAGUCUGUCUGGGCCUCCAUUAAUAGAGGAGGCUGAGAAGGUUGGUAGAUCACCGAGUGCUGGCCAGGUUAGUUUCAGGAGUACAAAAGGUGAAAAACGCACAAGGAAGGAGGUUAUUAAUAUGGCAACUUUUCACAAGAUGAAACGGGAGAAAGUUUCUGCUUGGACAAUGAAGAUUUUGGUUGAUGCAGUGGCAAAUUCGAGGCUGUCCACAAUCUCUAAUGUGAUAGAUGAGAGCUUUGAUGACGGAGGACUAGAACAAACCGACAAAGAGAUUACAAAUGAGAUGGAAGCAACUGCUGCUGCAUAUAAGAUUUUCAGGAAUGUCUCUGCCCCUGGCUGCUCGUACAUAGAUGAAGAUGACCUCCUGAGGUUCAUGAUUAAGGAAGAAGUAGAUCUGAUCUUUCCCCAAUUUGAAGGAUCAGAGACUGGACGAAUAGACAGAAAGGCUUUGACAAAAUGGGUGGUGAAUGUCUAUCAGGAACGCAAGGCAUUGGCACAUGCCUUAAGCGACACCAAGACUGCUGUAAAGCAAUUGAACAAGCUUGUGACGGGGCUCCUGGUUAUUUUGAUCAUAAUUUUGUGGCUUCUACUGAUGGAGAUUGCAACAACAAAAGUACUGGUGUUCAUUUCUUCUCAGCUAGUGGUUGCUACCUUCAUGUUUGGAAACACGUGCAAAAAUAUAUUUGAGGCUAUCGUAUUUGUGUUUGUAAUGCAUCCAUUUGACGUUGGCGACCGAUGUGUUGUAGAUGGGGUUCAGCUAUUGGUUGAAGAAAUGAACAUCCUGACAACGGUGUUCUUGAAACUUAAUAAUGAGAAGGUGUUCUAUCCAAACUCAGUUCUGGCCACAAAACCCAUUAGCAAUUAUUACAGAAGCCCGGACAUGGGUGACACUAUAGAGUUUUCAAUUGACUUUAUGACACCAUUGGAGAGGAUUGGGGCACUGAAGGAAAAAAUAAAGAGGUACUUGGAGAGAAAUCCGCAACACUGGCAUGCUAAUCAUAACGUAAUAGUUAAGGAGAUAGAAAAUGUGAAUAAGAUUAAAAUAGCUCUGUAUGUUAACCACACAAUGAAUUUUCAAGACUACGCGGAGAAGAACAGGAGGAGAGCAGAACUGGUGAUGGAACUAAAGAAAAUAUUUGAGGAUCUUGAUAUUAGAUACAAUCUUCUUCCUCAGGCAGUCCAUGUCAGUUAUGUUGGAUCAGAUACGGGCCCCCUCAAGUGAUAACUCUUCUCAUGCUCAUUGUUCUGCAAGCAUGUGCCUCUGUUUUUCCCCUGCCCCUCAUGGCCGCCUUUUAGGUAGGUUUGGUUUAGGAUAGUUGGGUGGGGUUUAGUAGAUACUAGAUAAUGUAGGAAUGGUGUUUUGAUCAAAUUGCAGGGUUAUGAUGCUAUUAACUAGCGACUUUAUGAUGUAUAUGAAUUUCGGAGUAUGUCUAGUCCAUUUAGGUAGGUGGUACUUGUACAUAUUAGAUAUUAAUAGGCUUGGAAUCCCAAACUUGGUAUGCUACCCCACUCAUCUUAAAUGCAUCUCUUCUAGGCGAUGGUGGAAUGACAUCCCCUAGAGUAAUUUGGAUCCUCUAAAGCCCCUCUGAAGCAGAGUGACAUAAUUAGUAAAUUACUGUGCUUUAUGAGGUAUUUCACAGUUUUUUAA